AUGUGUAAGCACGGACUUAUUCUUUUGAUACUAACAUAUAUUACAAAAAUUCUCAAAAAUGCACUAGAAUUGGAGAAUCUGUUUAUCCUCAUCCAUGACAAGAAAAUUUCCGACAUGAAUUCACUGUUGAAAGUAUUGGAGCUGCCAGUAACGAAUAAAAGACCACUCCUAGUUGUUGCAGAAGAUGUUGAUAGUGAUGCAUUAACUAUGCUCAUACUCAACAAGCAUCGUGCUGGGCUUAAGAUUAUUGUACAAGUUUGUGCUACAAAAGCUCCUGGUUUCGGGGAUAAUAGAAGAGCAACUCUAGAUGAUCUUGCGAUUCUUACCGGAGGAGAGGUUAUCACAGAAGAGCGCGGCAUAGCUCUCAACAAAGUCCGACCUGAAAUGCUCGGCACUGCAAAAAAGAUUACUGUCACCAUUGAUGAUACUAUUGUUCUACAUGGUGGUGGGGAUAAGAAGUUUAUUGAAGAUAGAUGUGUGCAGCUAAGGGAAGCAAUGGAGAGAAGUUUUGCAACAUUUGAUAAAGAAAAGGCACAAGAACGGCUAUCAAAACUCUCCGGCGGUGUUGCUGUUUUCAAAGUUGGUGGGGCUAGUGAGGCAGAAGUUGGAGAACGAAAAGAUAGGGUAACUGAUGCUUUAAAUGCCACUAGAGCAGCUGUGGAGGAGGGUAUUGUUCCAGGUGGCGGAGUUGCUCUCUUAUAUGCUAGCAAAGUCUUGGAGAAUCUUGAAACUAAAAACGAGGAUGAGAGAAGAGGAGUACAGAUUAUUCAGUAUGCACUCAAGGCACCUACAUUUACAAUAGCUGCAAAUGCUGGUUUUGAUGGUUCUUUAAUUUACAGCAAAUUGUUGGAACAAGAUAAUCUUAAUUUGGGUUUCGAUGCUGCUAAAGGAACUUAUGUUGAUAUGGUAAAGGCUGGGAUUAUAGAUCCUGUUAAAGUUGUUAGAACAGCUUUGGUAGAUGCUGCCAGUGUAUCGUUGUUACUGAUGACAACCGAGGCAUCUAUUGUAGAAAAUAUGAGUGAUAAAAACAAACCUCCUCAAAGGGUGGCAGAUAUGGAUGAUUUGGACUACUAA